UGUCCGGCUCUGCGCAGCCGUGUUUUCCAAUCUCCUGGCGGUAUCCGCUUGCUGUUGUCACCGCCUCCACGUCUUGUUCCCGGCCAACUGGCCCGCCCCGCUGCAGUGAUGUGCGACAAGGAGUUCAUGUGGGCCCUGAAAAACGGAGACUUGGACGAGGUUAAAGACUAUGUGGCCAAGGGAGAAGAUGUCAACCGGACAUUAGAAGGUGGAAGGAAGCCUCUUCAUUAUGCAGCAGAUUGUGGCCAGCUUGAAAUCCUGGAAUUUCUGCUGCUGAAAGGAGCAGAUAUUAAUGCUCCAGAUAAACAUCAUAUUACUCCUCUUCUGUCUGCUGUCUAUGAGGGUCAUGUUUCCUGCGUGAAAUUGCUUCUGUCAAAGGGUGCUGAUAAGACUGUGAAAGGUCCAGAUGGAUUAACUGCCUUUGAAGCCACUGACAACCAGGCAAUCAAAGCUCUUCUUCAGUGAUGGAUGAAUGGACUGAUAACUCUUGAGGAAUGACUCUCCUGUGGCCUCACACUGCUGCCUGUCUGUCUGUCACUCUCUAUCUGCCAGCUUCUUCAGCUAAAUACUUUAAGAGGGGUGAGGGGAGAGAGAAAUUCAUAACAAAUCAGGCUACCAGAAAAGAAAAUGUUUUGGAAGAGGGGGAAAAAACACGAUCGGGCUUUUACCAGGAUUCCUGAUCAAGUCUGCCUCUUCCAUUUCUAAUAAAAUAUACAGCUUAUACCCAAGGGAGAGCAAAGACAAAAUACACCAUUGACAUUUGACCUUUUCAGCUCCCUGGCUAAUUUAUUAAUUAGAUUGUGUUGAAGGUCGGAUUAUACAAAGGCCAACUAUACAUAUUUAGUAGCCCUAACUGUGCAAGCAGUAGUGGCUGCUGUGAUGUAAACUUAGGGUGCUGAGAUAAGCAAUUAGCUACAGCCUUCUGCCUUAAGAAUGCACUCUAAUGGAGAUUUCUUGGCGUAGUUAAGAACACUACCUGUGGUUGGUGACCAGAUCUUUCCUCAGUGACUUUAAGCUUUAUGUGAAAGCUCACUUAAGAUGAGGAGGGGCACACUCCCAAAUUGCUGGAUGACUGAACCUUGGAUUUCCUCUCCCCUUUCACAUGGAUUUCAUGUAUCUUUAGAUAAUACUGACUAGUUUUAUUUUUAAAAAAUCUUAAAUUUUGAAAGUCUAAAGGAGAAAUCAUUCCAGGAUGAGUAUUUUUUUUCUCCUCUAGAUUCAGACAUCUAUGUAACAUUGAAACACUUGCAAACUCCUGCUGGUAGUAAAAGGGGAUUUAAAAAUAGAAUCAUAGCCAUACGCUUGUUUGUUUCAUAAAAAGAGAGCAGUUGUCUUAGUACCUAUGGAUUUUCUUCAUUUGCUGUUUGAGUGGAUUGAACUCACUUGUGUUUGGAGAAUCAAGGAACAUUCUUUGAAAUGCCUCUCAGACCCAUCUUGGAUGCUGAUUACUUACUGCACCAAAGCCUUCACUGGGGUGAGAUUUACUAUUUGGACAAAUUUAACCUCAUCCCUUCAGAAACGAUGCUUGUUAACCAGGUUUUCCUGAGUUGUUGAUAGACUUCUGCUGAUCCUAUGUCAAC